AUGAUUUGUUGUGACUUCUCUAAAUGUACCCAUAUUCAAGGUUGGGUUCAGAAAGUAUCUCCAUGUGAAUUUAGAAAUUUAUUAGAUGAAAAGAGAGAUUUUCUAGGGGAAGUGUCAAAUUGGUUCUUUAAUUUGUCUCAAUAUUUAAGUUGUAUUUUAAGGAAUAAUAGAAAAAAUUAUACAUGGUUUAUUAGUAAAGUAAAUGUAGAUGAAGCUGGAUUACGUUACUUUACAAAUGGUUUGAAGAAAUAUAUAUAUUCAGAGGAAACUAACUCAUUUUUUCCUCAAAAACAAUCUAAAGAAACUAAAGUAGAGGAUAUAUUGGAUAUCAUGAAAAACGGAGGUUUGGAUAACUCUAAAAUAUUAUACACAAGAGCACUUUAUGGAACAAAUAACUUCCCUUUGAAAUUAGAUUCCUUUAUUACAUCAAUUAAGCGUAAUAUUUUUAAUAUGAUAGUAUUACUUCAAUAUAUGAUGAUUUUAGCCUCAUUUUUUAUAGGAUGUACUUCAUUUUCUUUAUUUUGGAGUAUUUUGAUUAUUUAUAGUAUUACUCAAACAAUUAUUGAUGAGAGGAGAAACCAAGGAAAGCUUCAAAAAAUGAUAAAUAAUAUACAAUCCCUAAAUGUUUAUGUUAAACGAGAGAAUAAGAAAGUCUCUAUAGACUCUCAAGAUAUUGUACCUAUGGAUAUGAUAUUAUUAUCCGAAGGAGAUAAUAUUCAAUGUGAUUUAGUACUUGUUAAAGGUUAUUUAUUAGUUGAUGAAUCUAGUUUAACUGGGGAGAGCAUCCCAGUUUUUAAGAAGUCAAUUACAAUUAAUCUAAGUUCAAAUAACAUAAAUACAAAAAUAGAAUUUUGUAAUCCAAUAUAUCGAGAUUCUAUUUUACUUGCAGGGACUAAAGUUAUCAAAUUUUAUGAUCAGGGUGAAUUAUUUAAACAAAAAGAGAAUCCAUAUUUUGGAUUAUUGUUGGUGCUCUUUUUAUGA